UGUAGUGCGUGUUUACAAAUAUACGGACUUUUGUCCAAACCGAAAAUGUAUUAAAUAAGUUGAAACUUAAAAGUUAACAUGGAAAAAGUAAGUGAACUUGAACUCGAUGGUAAAACAAGUGAGAGAAAUAGAAAUGGCGAAGCAUCUUCACCUCCCGUUUCAUUGGUGGAAAGAUUGAAAAUUAUAUGCAACCCCGUAAAUAUUUUUAACUUUUUUACCGUCGAACCUUUUCUACUAUGCUACAUUUUACCCAGUGUAAUAUCAGCUUUGGCGGUUCAAAAAUUAAAUAUGGUUAAAGCCUGCCGCGUGGAUCUCAAUUAUUCAGAAAGUAUUUGCGAAGAUGCCGUUGCUGGUGAAUUUAACGAUAACAUAACAAUAGCUGCAUUGGAUGGAGCACAAAAAUUGGUUGCAGACAUGUCAGCCUGGCAGGAACCCCUGCAAAGUGGAUUACCAGCUAUUAUUAUUUUAUUCGUUGGAGCGUGGAGCGACAAAACAGGAAACAGAAAGACAUUGAUGCUUGUACCCAUUGUCGGAGAAAUAAUUUCAGCGAUUGGUCUCAUAUUGGCUACAUAUUACUUUUUAGAAUGGCCCUUGUGGAUUACUGGUUUAAUAGAAUCUUUACCUUCAGCAGUGUUUGGUGGAAGGUCUAUCGCAUUAAUGGGAUCUUACAGUUAUAUAGCAGAUGUGACUACAGUGGAGUCUCGAACAUUUAGGGUUGGAAUUGUAGCUGUUAUUGUUACAUUAGGAAUUCCUUUUGGAUCUUCCAUAAGUGGAGUUUUAACAGAAGCAGUUGGCUAUUACGGCAUAUUUGGAAUCGGUUUAGGAUUGUAUACCAUUGGAUUUAUACACACAUUUUUCCGAAUUAAAGAUGUCAAGCAAGAGCCCUUAAAAGGGUCUUUCGUUGAAAUAAUUGCGCAGUUCUUUAAUCCAAAAAAUGCAUGGGACACAUUUUCACUGAUCCUCUUAUCACGUGGCAAAAAGCUUGCCAGUGUCUUACUAGUUGUAUGGGCACAUAUAAUCGUUAUGGGCCCGGUAUUUGGCGAAGGGCCGGUAUUAUUUUUAUACGUGCUGAAAAAGUUUAACAUGGACAUCGUUGACUUUAGCUUAUUCUCCACCUACUCUGUUCUUAUGGGAUUAGCAGGUACAACAAUAGCUGUGACAAUCUUCAGUAAGCUUUUAAAAAUGCACGACGCUCUCAUUGGCGUUAUAGCUACCAGUUGCAAAAUUGUAUCCAGCAUUGUGUAUGGACUUGCCCCAAACAGGAAUUGGUUCUUUUCUGGCCCUGUAUUUGACUUCUUCGGAAACUCUGGAACAACUGUCGUGAGAUCGUUGGGCACGAAGAUUGUGGAACCGGAUGAAGUGGGAAAGAUGUGUUCCUUAAUCGGCUUUGUGGAAGCCGUGGUACCUGUAAUCUAUACGCCUAUUUAUAGUAAAGUGUACUCACAUACACUUGACACGUUUUCUGGGGCGUUUUACCUCCUCGGUGGUAUGAUGACGGUGCCAGCUGUGUUCAUUUUCAUGUUUCUUUAUAUAAUGCACAGACGGUCGCUGAAAGAUGUCGUGAAGAAUCCAGAUCUGAAGGAAAUGCACGCUCAUGAAAACAGUGUCACUGUUUUAUGAAAAUUAUGCAUACAAAUAAUAAUCCAUAUCAAUUAUUUAACAAUUUGCUUCAUAAUAAACGAAAGUGUCAUUGACACA